UGCUGGAUCAGUUCUACAGUUCUGGAGCACAUGUUGACUUCAGACCAGAGAGAAGAGCUGCCCAAGACCCUGACAGACCUGUACUCACACUUCAUCAUGGUCCAGACAAAGAGGAAGAAGAAGUAUGAAAAAGGACAUGAAACAAGUCUAGAAGAGCUGACAAAGGCAGACAUGGAAGUUCUUCUGAAGUUGGGGAGGCUGGCGUUUGAACAACUGGAGAAAAGAAACAUGAUGUUCUACCAAGAAGACCUGGAUCAGUGUGGUCUGGACGUCACAGAGGCCUUGGUGUACUCAGGAGUUUGUACAGAGAUCUUCAAAAGAGAGACUGUGAUCUUCCAGAAAACACUCUACUGCUUUGUUCAUCUGAGUGUUCAGGAGUUUCUGGCUGCAGUCUACAUCUACCACUGUUACACCAGCAACAACACAGAGGUUCUGGAGAGGUUUCUGGGAGACUCACUUUUCACAAACAUUUUCAGGUGUUUCACAGGCAGUGACAGCCUGGAUGUUUUCCUCAGAAAAGUCAUGAAAAAAUCCCUUCAGAGUGAGAACGGACACCUGGAUCUGUUUGUUCGUUUCCUUCAUGGCCUCUGUCUGGAGUCCAACCACAGACUUUUAGGAGGUCUGCUGGGUCCAAAAGAGAACAGACCAGAGAGCAUCGAUAAAGUCAUCAAGAACCUGAAGGAGAUGAACACUGAGGACAUCUGUCCUGACAGAAGCAUCAACAUCUUCCACUGUCUGAUGGAGAUGAAGGACCAAACAGUCCAUCAGGAGAUCCAAGAGUUCAUGAAGUCAGAGAACAGAUCACGGAAGAAACUGUCUGAGAUCCAGUGUUCAGCUCUGGCCUACAUGUUGGAGAUGUCAGAGGAGGUUCUGGAUGAGCUGGAUCUGAAGGAAUACAACACAUCAGAUGAAGGAAGACACAGACUGAUCCCAGCUGUGAGGAACUGCAGAGAGGCCAAACUUUCUCAAUGUGGACUCUCACAGACUCACUGUGAAGUUGUGGCCUCAGCUCUGAAGUCUAAUCCUUCACAUCUGAGAUUUUUGGAUCUGAGUCACAACAACCUACAGGAUUCAGGAGUGAAACUGGCGUCUGGACUGGAGAGUCCAAACUGCAGACUGGAAACUCUGGGGUUGGAGAAAUGCAGUUUGUCAGAGAUCAGCUGUUCUUCUGUGGCCUCAGCUCUGAAGUCCAAUCCAUUCCAUCUGAUAGAACUGGUUCUGGAUAAAAACAACCUCCAGGAUUCAUCAGUGAAGGAGCUGUGUGAUUUCCUGCAGAGUCCACAUUGUAAACUACAGAUACUGGGGUUGAAUAACUGCAGUUUGUCAGAAAUCAGCUGUUCUUCUGUGGCCUCAGCUCUGAAGUCCAAUCCAUUCCAUCUGAUAACACUGGAGCUGAGUGAAAACAACCUCCAGGAUUCAUCAGUGAAGGAGCUGUGUGAUUUCCUGCAGAGUCCACAUUGUAAACUACAGGAUCUGAGGAUGUGGGAAUGCAGUUUGUCAGAGAUCAGCUGUUCUUCUGUGGCCUCAGCUCUGAAGUCCAAUCCUUCACAUCUGAUAAAACUGAAUCUGAGUGGAAACGAGUUGAAGGAUUCAUCAGUGAAGGAGCUGUGUGAUUUCCUGCAGAGUCCACAUUGUGAACUACAGACACUGUGGUUGUGGAAAUGCAGUUUGUCAGAGAUCAGCUGUUCUUCUGUGGCCUCAGCUCUGAAGUCCAAUCCUUCACAUCUGAUUGAACUGAGUCUGAGUGGAAACAAGCUGAAGGAUUCAUCAGUGAAGGAGCUGUGUGAUUUCCUGCAGAGUCCACAUUGUAAACUACAGAUACUGUGGUUGAGGAAAUGCAGUUUGUCCAAAAUCAGCUGUUCUUAUCUGACAGCAGCUCUGAAGUCCAAUCCCUCACAUCUGAUAAAACUCGACUUAAGUUGGAACAACCUGAAGGAUUCAGAUGUUAAAGAACUGGAGGACCUUGUUCAGAGUCCACACUGUAAACUGGAGAAACUGGAAUGGUUGUCACUGUGACCAGGACUGUGUGAGGAUCAGCUGAGUCCAGAUGAUCAACACAUGUUAAAGCAGCAGCACAUCCUCAGUUCAUUCUCCUCCUGUCAGUUCAACAUGGAGCUGCUCAGUUCUUCUCCUCAGUUCUUCUCAGUUCUUCUCCUCAGUUCUUCUCCUCCACACCUCAGUUCUUCUCCUCCUCUCCUCAGUUCUUCUCCUCAGUUCUUCUCCUCCACUCCUCAGUUCUUCUCCUCAGUUCUUCUCCUCCACUCCUCAGUUCUUCUCCUCAGUUCUUCUCCUCCACUCCUCAGUAAAAACACCCACACACUUCGACACCUCAGAACAUUCUGACUUUGAUUUUGUUGGAGUUUGUAUGAUUCAGGUUUUUGUCCAUAUUGGAACAAACAGCUGUUUGUUUCUGUUCAGUAUAAAUACAGGCGCCUUUUUCACUUCAACACUUUCACUUGCACAUGUAGCUUUUGAUGGCACAGCACUUUAAACAAACAUAUUUACACAUAGAAAAUAACUGAACAUGAUUGGUUUUAAAAGUAGUUUAUUGAUGAUUUUAUUGUCUUUCCUUUUCAGUUUUUACAUCCGGUGGCUCUAGCAUUUUAACUGAUGACUGCUUGGCCCUGGAGAAAAAGGGAGACAUAAAUUAGAUCCAAACAGAAGUGAUGCAGUAGAAAUGUAUAAUAUUUCAGUUGAACUUUGUUUAGUGUCUGUGAUCCACAAAGAAAAACAUCAAAAUUAUAAACUGUCUUUGAUAAAACUGUGACAUCAAAUAAAAUAAUAUAAUUCAUUCAAAAACACAUCAGAAUGCAAAACAAUAAUAAAAAUGACAUAAUAUAACAUUUAACAUCUGUGU